GUGGAACAAGACGCAAACACACCAUGACACAAAUAUUAUUAUUAGUUGUUUGUGUAUUAUAGACUAUAUAUUAUUUCAUUUUUAACUAUAGAUCUGUCAUGAUUCUGCAAUGUUUGUCUGCAUCAUCUCCAUCUCCCUGGUCUGUGCUGCAGCAUUUAGGGGGAUUGCUUUCACCUGAUCCUGCCCAGCCAGCUCCCUAAUUACAUCUCACCUGCUCUACCUUUUCUCCUGCCUUUAUGAGUAGCUCUCUGACAGACAAACAUUCCCGAUUUUCGAAAGCCUUGUGUGAGUAGUGUCCAGCGUCGUUUCUGUCUGCCUGAUCUGAUCUCGUUUUUGAUUCACGGAUUGCUCUGCCCUGCAUUUCCCUUAUUGGAUACCUCACUGGAUUCUGGACUCCAACCUUGCUUAUGCCUCCUGACUACCGCUCUCUGCCUCUCCCUCGGAUCCUGCCACCGGUAACUGCUUCCCUAGCUCUGACCCUGUUUUCGCCCCCUGGCCACCGAACCCUCCCUGUUCAUUGGGGUUACCAACCUGAGAGCCCGUGUGAUGUUUUCCUGCUGUCACCUAACCACUGCACUGAGGAGCUGAACUUCACCUUCUGUAUUCUCCCAUGGAUUCUGAAAAGGAUCCUGAACCCGUCUCGCUCCUUUAAGGGAAGACCUGAACCACCCUGAACAGAAGAAAGAAACCCGGACUACUUACUAGCUGGCAAUCCGCCUGAGUCCCACCUUGCCGAGCCUGUCCACCCUCCGACGGUCCUCCAACCUCCAGCCUUUGAAGCUCUGGCGGCCACUGGUGCAGCCUUCAACCGGUCUGGACACAGCUCCCUCUCCCUGGUGGAUCUGAACCCAGCUAGCUUCCUGUUCCAGGCAGCAGCUGUCCUUCCCUCACCCUACAGCCUCUCAAUAAACUUCCUAAACGGUUCUCUGUUCUUUGGGUGUUUCUGCUGUAUGUGGAUCAAGUCGGCCACUAACAUUAUGACACUCCCAUUACAAUAUCAUAGAAAAUCGAGUGAAUAAGAAUUUCCUAACUCUCAAUACCGAACUCUCAGUAAUUACCUUGCUGUGAUUGCCAUCCUGGUUUUUAAUAUCCCAUCUUUUUGAUUUAUGUAGAUAUUGUUGACCAUUUUAAGAUUUAGUUGGGAUUUAGGAUACUAGAAGCCACAGUAAAGUGUUAAUGUAACCUUUCUGCUAUUUAGAGGGAACACAACCAGUGACACAAGACCAGAUUUUAGUGUUUGUUUCAGGGCUGAUCUCAAUCUCCCCACUUGGGUUUCCCCGACACCCAAUCAUUGAGUUCCUUCACUGUGAUGAGAACAAUAGAAGAAUGUAACCUGGGUGUCUUUCACAUUUUGAAAAUCAACCGACCAUUUUAAAAUCUUGCUGUGUGAACAAGGCAUUAAGGAAACCUUCCUGGCUGACCGCCUGACAAAAUGAAGAUUGUUUUCAUAUUAGUGGCUCUGCUCCAGCUCUGUGACACCAGCUCCGGAUGCAACUCAGGACUUCGGAGAGACUGGAAUUUUCCAGGAUCAGAUAACCAAAUCCUUUUCUCUCCUGACGCUGAACACUGUCAGCACCUUUGCACCCAGGAGGCUUCUUGCCUCUUUUGGGCAUUUAUUGGUCCUGACUGCAAGGCUGACAACAGACAUUUCCACUGCUUCCUUAAGGCCACCCCCUCAGGAAAACCGAUCUAUCAGAAUUUCAUGCAGGGAACCACCGCUGGCUAUUCUCUUAAAUCCUGCAAUGCAUAUCCAAAACCAUCACUAUGCAAAGUUUACCAAGAUGUGGACUUCCCAGGAGCAGAUUACAGAACCUUUUUCACAGUAGAUUACAAGCAGUGUCAGAGAGCCUGCACUGAUGAUCCUGGCUGUCAGUUCUUCAGCUUCCUCAGUGGGACAUUUGGCAGCCCAAAUGUCCGAUACAAGUGCCACCUUAAAUUCAGUUGGACAGUACCGAGAACUCCAAAUGUCAUAGCCAGUACUGAUAGAGUAUCAGGAUUUUCUCAUGAAUUACAAAUACUUCCAUCCUAUGAACCAGAGUGCCAAGACACACUUUUUCCAAACACUAACUUUCCUGGACAUGACAUUGAGGUUCACCCUGCUGCCUCUCCUGAACUCUGCCAGCUGUUGUGCAACGCUCACCCAAGAUGCACUUAUUUCUCCUUUGUCAGCGAUGGAUUUAAAUGUUAUUUAAAGAACAAUCCAAAUGAAAUGGUACCCAAAUACACAGAUGGCAUCACCUCUGGGCUGCCAUCACAAUCCUGCCCGCUGCGUAAUGAGAGGAAGCCCUUCUUUACUGACCGGAUCAUAGAGUACAGAGGGGUAGAUUUCCCAUUUUCCGACAUUCGCUAUUUUCAGCAGGAUGAUGCUAUCUCAUGUGGUAACGCCUGCACCGAGGACCCCAACUGCCAGUUCUACAGCUACAUUACCACAAGCCAUCUCUGCUAUUUAAAGCGUGUCAUCACCAUGCCUGCUCCUCCCAGAGUGACCAAGCAGGCCAACACUGUGUCGGGCUUCAACCUGAGGAACUGUCCCGUUUGAAUCAUACAAAUGUAUGAAGCAUUCCAAUAAUUAGGGUUCCUACAUAAUAAAACUUGAACCUUUGGGUUCCACAAAGGUACAGGGCCAUUUCACUGCAUUUGAAAAAAAAAUCUAGAGUAACAUAUUGUUAGCUCCAUUUAUAAAUCUAUAAUUUUUGGGCUUGUCAAAAUAAGGAACAGGGUGUCCUGCCCUAAAUGCAGGUUCUUCAUAGCACAUCUUGUCAACUUUUGUACUUCUAUUUUCUUUGCCAAAAUGCCAGACUUUAGCAUUUUUUUGUGUUUUGCCAGGCAUAGUCCAAACUCACUUUUCUUUUUUUUCCAUUUUUCCAAAGAAGAGAAAAAAUAGAAGCAAGUUCCAUAUUUUUCCAGACGUUUUAAAUUGUGUAUGAACCUUGUAAAUCUUACAACAUAACUACUGUAAUGAGUAUAUAACCAAAUAAAUGAUUCAGCAGCA